AUGGAAACCACAACAGCUGCAUCAGCCCUUACCGAAUUGAGCAGUGGUGAAGUCUUUUUGUCCAAAUCUAGGCGAAGAGGAAGUGGUGUUCCAACCAACCUCACGGAAGAUGCCUCAUUAGCCACUACCAUGUUUAGUUCGUUUACGUUCCCUCCCCGACCUCCAGGACAUGAUGAAGUCUCGGACGUUGUGGAAGAGUUGGAAGAUAUGGAUUUGAAUAAGAAUGAUUCGGAAGAUGAUUAG